UACAUCCGUGACUGUUUACUACGGUUUGCUGAGUGCAUGAACUGAUAAGAUUAAGAAGACAAGAGCAAUAAGAGAUCUAUUCUUAUAUAUAGAUCUAGAUAGAUCACAUAUAAAUUAAAGAACCAAGAAAACUAGUAUAGCUAUGAAAUCUAUUUUAAAUGUGCAUGUUGACAGCUAAAUAUGAGCCAAGAAAGUAAUGUUAAUAUAGCAGGGAAGGACAGGCCUCACUCAAUCUUGAUGAGAAGAAGCAGUAACCAAAAGAUGGUUUUUAAAGAAAAAGUUGUUCAGAUUUAUGAAACAUUCUUCCAUGGUGAAGAUCCUUCAACAACAAAUCCUAAUUUUUGGGAUGAAUUAUUUCUGUUAAAAGUGAAUGCUCAGUUCAUCGAAAGUGAAAUCGACAAAUUAAAUGGAGAGAGUUUAUUAGAAAUUAAGGAAAAUUUGAACUUGUUAUUUUAUCGGGCUACUGAAGCACUAAAAGGAGAUAAUAAUAUUAGAAAAAUUAAUGCUCUCCAUACUCUAUGUGCACUAGUGAGGGGAAUGUUUAAAAAAAACCACGGCAACUACGGCUUUGAUGUGAUCAAUCUUCUUGUUGGCUUUGAUUCUGCUGAAUCCAUUCUGCAAUGUUUGAUUGAGAGCAUCAAUUCUUUCCUGACAGAGGAAUGCCCCACUUGUCUCAAACAGCUGGCAUUGAAAUUCAUGCUGGUUUUGGUUACUGCUACAGACAAUAUCAGCCAAAACACCAUGCUUGAGUAUGUCCUAAUCAACAGUGUUUUUGAAUCUUUGGUACAGAUACUGGGUAAUCGUAAUCAGAGACCUCUCCUGGGACAAGAUGCUGUGUUGUUGUUGACGUUACUUGUGCAGUAUAGGAAGUAUGAGUCAGCUAAUCCAUAUGUUGUCAAGUUGUCCAUCUUAGAUGAUGAGCUAGCACUUACGGGCUAUGCUCAGAUUGUGUCUCAUUUAUUGUCUGAGUUUAACAGAGAGUACGCAAAUCAAAGUGACGAGCCGUCAACUGGAUGGUUCUCAGCUAUAGCCAGCAUGGUGGGGAGUAUGUUUGUUGGUGAAGAAAAGAAGAUGGAGCUGAUCAGAGCAAACGAUUCUUUACUUCUGGCUUUGUAUGAAGCUGUUCACUUAAAUAGGAAUUUUAUCACAGCUUUGACACAUUCUCACACACCAACACCAGCAACAACUCCACCAUUGUCACCAGUCAUUCCUGCCUCCCCUCCUGCCUUCUCUGAUGCCUCAGGUUCCCCUACCCAAGAAAGACCAGCCAGCCCAUCCCCUCCCGCCACUGCAAAUGUCACCCAGCCAACAAACCUCCUGGUGACAUUCUUGCAGUACAGCUCUAUAGUUACACAGGACACAAAAGAUCCAACUCGAUACAACAAUGCUAAACUCUGCUUAAUUAUACUCACUUGUAUUGCUGAGGACCAGUAUGCCAACUCUAUCAUGCAUGAUGCCAACAUGACAUUUCGGGUACCUCUACAUAAAAUGCCCAUGAGACACAGAAAAGUGACAACAGAGCUGCACCCCCCAUCCAGGCCAUUGGUUUCUUCUCUCUUAGAUCUAAUGGUUGAGUUUAUCCUGAGCCACCUAAUGAAAACCUUCCCAAUGGAGCUGUAUCUUCGCUGCUUGGGCAUCAUCCAUCGAGUCCUGUGUUACCAGAAGAAGCUCAGAGUGCGCAUACAAUAUCCCUGGAAGCACCUCUGGACAGCUUUGAUCAAUUUGUUAAAAUUUCUUCUGGCUAAUGAAUCCCAGCUAGUGAAAAAACAGAACAUUUUUCACUUGGCCUCUAAGGUUGUGAACAUCUUCAACCUGUUUGUCACCUAUGGUGACACCUUCCUGCCCAACCCUACAAGCUAUGACGAGCUGUACUAUGAGAUCAUCAGGAUGCACCAGAUCUUUGACAAUGUUUAUUCUAUGGCGCUGCGCUAUGCGGCUGCUGAGAGUGAUCACAAGGACUCAGCCACCAAGUUGACCAGCCACCUCGUCAAUAUCAGGGCCAUCAUCAACCACUUCUCACCUAAAGUGGAUGCCUGGGCAGCUGCCAACCAUUUGUCCUCACUGACAGAGGAGCAGGUGCUGGAGGUUGUACGAGGUAACUAUGACACGCUGACCUUGAAGCUACAGGACAGCCUGGACCAGUUUGAGAGGUACAGUGAGAAACCCAGGGAAACGGCUUUCUUCACACACCAGGUGCGCAGUAUAAUAUGUGACGUAAGGAAGUCUGUGAGUAAUCUGAGCACACAGCAGCAUGAUGCCCUCGUGGAGCUGUCUGCCAUCUCGUGAGAUGCCCCAAUCUAGCUGUCUGCCAUCUUGUGAGAUGCCCUGACGGAGCUGUCUGCCAUCUUGUGAGAUGCCCUGACGGAGCUGUCUGCCAUCUUGUGAGAUGCCCCGAUUUAGCUGUCUGCCAUCUUGUGAGAUGCCCUGACAGAACUGUCUGCCUGCCAUCUCGUGAGAGGCUCUCGUGGAGCUGUCUGCCAUCUCGUGAGAUGCCCUGACGGAGCUGUCUGCCAUCUUGUGAGAUGCCCUGACGGAGCUGUCUGCCAUCUCAUGAGAUGCCCUGACAGAGCUGUCUGCCAUCUUGUGAGAUGCCCC